AUGCUGGAUGCAACUAAAGAGUGCAACACAACUAGGGGGAAAUUGUUGGAUGAAAUGCCUCAGCAGUACUUUUCUUGCGAUGUGUCAGUAAAGUUUACUGUGUUGUCUCUAGUUUGUGGCACAGCUCCUCUCAGUAGCAGGAUAGUUGGAGGACAGGAUGCCUCUGCAGGGAACUGGCCAUGGCAGGUCAGCCUCGAGAGACCAUAUGGUCACGUGUGUGGAGGUUCCCUCAUCAACAAGGAGUGGGUGCUGUCUGCUGCUCACUGCUUCAGCAGUGCUGACACAAGCGGGUGGACCAUCCGUCUGGGUCGACAGUCUAUGUACGGUCAGAACCCAAAUGAAAUGUCUACAACCGUGGCUGAGAUAAUUCUACAUCCUAAGUAUGAUGCUUCCACAAACGAGAAUGACAUGGCUUUGCUCAGGCUGAGCAGCGCUGUCUCCUUCACCAACUACAUUAGACCCGUCUGUCUGGCAGCCAGCGGCAGCAUCUUUCACCAGGGCACAGACAGCUGGGUCACUGGCUGGGGAAACAUCAGAGAAGGAGAGUCCCUUCCAUACCCAAGGGCUCUUCAGGAAGUGGAGGUUCCUGUGGUUGACAACAAAGAGUGUGAUGAGCUCUUAACAUUUACAAGAAUUACAGACAACAUGCUUUGCGCUGGCCUUCCUGAAGGAGGGAAAGACUCUUGCCAGGGUGACUCAGGUGGUCCAAUGGUGCACAAACAGGAUUCUGCAUGGGUCCAGUCUGGGGUGGUUAGUUUUGGGAUUGGCUGUGCUCGACCUAAGUUACCUGGAGUCUACGCCAGGGUAUCCAGUUAUGAAGACUGGAUCAAAUCCUACAUCAGAAGUGACCCACCGGGCUUCGUCCGGGUCAUCACCACUACUCCACUGCCUCCAGUUUCCCCCACAGCCAGUGGGAACACCGUCACAUGCUCAGUCUGCCUGCAUCUCCUCCUCUCUUUUUUCCUCCUCUCUCUUGUCUGAUUGGAUAUGGAGUAUAAUGUCUGAUUCUGUUUAAAUGGAUGGUUGUGACAUUCGUCUUUUCUUUUUACAAUUAAUUUACUCUAACUGUAAUA